AUGGGGAGGAAACGUCAGUUGCGACUUAUUUACGUUGGGCAAGGAUCAUCACAGUCACGACAACGGGUGGAGGCAGCUGAUGAGGAACCCCACAUUUCUGAGGACGCAAGACCGGUGGCAACACCGGUGGCAAGUGACGAUGAUGAGACACUAGCUCCAGAUACAGAUGAUUAUGUUCAAACCCAAACACCGGUACAAAAUCCAGCACCGGAACAAAAUCAAGCAUCAGAAAAUAGGCCUGGAAAACGUGAGAAAACCAGGUUGGCUGACAUAUGGGCAAUGACUGGUGAGUACAAAAUUCAGUUGCCGUUAAAUGAUGAAGGCCAACCGAUUGGCGAUGACGGGGAAUUGUUCGUUCGAUGGUUGGGCUCGUUUUGCGAGAAUGGUCUAUUGUGCCCGCUUACGCCUACUGGGUGGCCAAGUGUCCCUCAAAAGUUUAAAAAGGAUUGUUGGACGGAGAUUGAGCAACGGUAUAUAAUUGAUCCCACUAUUGUCAAACCACCCAAUCAAAUGGGAUGGGCAAUGAGUCAGCUAGGAGAACUAAGGAGGAAUCGCAGGACCAAGUUGAAGAAGGAUCACAAAAAACCUGGGCUGUCACGUGAACAAGUAUUGGCUAUUGAACUGCCUGGGGUUAUCCCAGCACAGUGGAAGGAGAUGGUUGAUUAUUGGUUCAAUGAAAAAACUGAGACAUUAAGUCUGAAAAACAAGGCGAGUCGAGACAAGCAGAAAGACAUAGCAAAAGCGAAAGAUAAAGGGGCGGCAGUCGAACGCGCGGAUGUAUUUCAAAAAGUAUACCGUACGAAAGAUGGGGUUGCUGUUAGUGACCGUGUGCAAGAUCAGAUGGAUAGGAUGGCAGUACUUUUGAAUGAACAGGACAUACGACUACACGGAGAGAUUGGUAAUGGAAUCCUCUGGUCGAAGGACGAUGCAUAUGCUCGGGUGAUAGGUCUUGAUGAGCGCCCAGGUCGUGUACGUGGGGUAGGCUUUGGGAUCACCCCAUCAGGAAGAAGUGCCAAAAACGCAUCACAGUUUACCUCGACUACUACUCCAUUGUCAAGCAGAACUCACGAAAGGAUGUCAGACUUGGAGACGAGUCAUGAAGAGCUAAGGGAGGCACUAGCUAAAUCUAGGGAGGAACUAGCAAUUUGUAGGGGGGAAGUAGCUCAAUCCGAGGCGAGGCAUAGGGAGGAAAUGGCUGAAGCUGAGGCGAGGGCCGAAGCACGGAUGGCUGAAAUGAUGGCGUCGAUGAAAACCAUGUUUGCUUCAUUUAGCCAGGGGAUACAUAAUUUGGGUUAUUCUCAGGAUGACAGUGCUUGAUGGGAAUGGAACUGUGAAUCCUGAGACUUAUUUUGAAGUGGACAACAAAGCAAAUUGGUUGCUGCUGUGGCUGUUUGAGAGCAAUUUAGAAUGUACAAAAAUCAUUUUGGUAUAUUUUUUGUGAUGUACAAAAAUCCUUGUGAUGUAGGAAUGCGAACUUGUGUAUUUCCUUUGUGAUGUUCAUGAAACUUGUGAUGUUUAUUAUGGAACUUGUGAUCUUGGGAUGUAAUGACGUUUAUGCAACUUGUUUAUUUUCUUUUUGAUGUAUAUGGAACUUGUGAUGUAGGAAUGGGAAGUUGUUUAAUUCCCUUGUGAUGUUUA